AUGGCUUCAGAGACCUCUCCAAUCUCCGGCUCAGAUGACUCGCAGCCUGAGACUGCCACAUCAACAGCACCCGGCGAGCCUUCUCCGGGUCCCACAAGCCAAUUGCAAGAGUUUGGGGAAGAAAUAUCAAGCCAGUUCAACGACGUUGACGGCCACCGUGAGCGGAUCGGGGCCAAUUUCAUGGCAAUGAUCAAGGAGCAGCAAACAUUUUUAGAGAAACAGCAGAUCAUGGCCGAGCAACAACAAAAGCAGCUCGAUAUCCAGGCGGCGAGAAUAGCUGAACUGGAAGCUCGUAUCCCAGGGAAAGAGCCUGCUGUCUCCACAUGUCAAGUUAUACUGAGCGAGAUCUCGCUGGUGGCCAUUGCUCUCCUCACACUGUACUACGCCAUUUGCGGCAUUCAGCUCGCAGACAGAGCGAUUGGCCUUGCGGAGGAAGCCAACCGGCUCUCCAAGGAGGCCUAUAAACUAGCGGUCGAGGCACUGGACGUGCAGAAGACAUGGUCCAAGACAACCUACGACGGCUUUAUGCUAGCGCUGCAGAUGCCUUCACCAGCGAUACCUGCUGUCCUGUACCCUCACCACAGCGCCGCCGCCACCUAUGCCGGACAGACCUGCCUCCAUGUCGAGCUCACCGCCGUCUCCCCCGUCACAAACAUGCAUCUUGCCAUCCUUGAUAGCAACGGCAACCCCUCCAAGCUCCCGAACGGCCUUGGCAAUUGGCCACACAACAGUUACUAUUCGUACUCGGCUGGAACCAAUGUCGGCAACUGCUGGGUGCCCGUCUCGGCCGUGCUGGCCGCCUUGAACCCGCCAUCGGACAGUCUCUGCAACCAGGACAUCAUCUUCAUGUACACCAAGGUCAGCUUCGCGUGUCCCGGCAUCUGCAUGCACUCGUGCUGCUGCCCGCCGCCGCCGCCGCCGCCGCAGUACCACUGGUGCGACAUUGGCACCGCGUUCGGACACAAGCCCGGCACGUCCAACUUCAACGGCAAACCCGUCAGCCCCGCCCUAGCCGCCACCACGUGCAAGCGAUGGGGCAGAUACGAUCUGACCGCCUUACGCAAGAGUAAAAGCAAAAUUGAUUGGCGCAAGGCGGUUUGCCCACUAUUUCUCGCUCACAUCUGCUAA